AAACAGAGCCCCCUCUAGCAGUCCCCAGCCCCAGUCACGCCCAGCGAGCCAGUCCGGAAUGUUUCCGCCAUGGCCAAGCUCUGGUUCAAAUUCCAGCGGUACUUCCGCCGGAAACCUGUGCGCUUCUUUACCUUCCUGGCGCUCUACCUGACAGCGGGCAGCGUGGUCUUUCUGCACUCGGGCUUCGUGAGCCAGCCCGCGGUGUCUCAGAACCAGGCCAUCCCAGCUGUAGGGUCCCCAGUCGAUGGUGCAGAGCUGCCCUUCUUGGGCGACAUGCAUCUGGGCAGGGGCUUCCGGGACACGGCUGACGCCUCGAGCAUCACCCGAAGGUAUGGACCCUGGUUCAAAGGCAAAGACGGAAAUGAGAGAGCCAAGCUGGGCGACUACGGUGGAGCCUGGAGUCGAGCCCUCAAGGGGAGGGUCGUCAGGGAGAAGGAGGAGGAGCGAGCCAAGUACAUCGGCUGCUAUCUGGAUGAUACCCAGAGUCGGGCUCUGCGAGGCAUGUCCUUUUUUGACUACAAAAAGAUGACUGUCUUCCGUUGCCAGGACAACUGUGCAGAACGGGGCUACCUGUUUGCCGGGCUGGAGUUCGGCGCCGAGUGCUACUGUGGCCACAAGAUCCAGGCAGCCAACGUGAGUGAGACGGAGUGUGAUAUGGAGUGCAAGGGCGAGCGAAGCAACGUGUGCGGUGGCGCCAACCGCCUCUCCAUCUACCGGCUGCAGCUGACCCAGGAGUCGGCCCGCAGGUAUGGAAGUGCGGUCUUCCGAGGCUGCUUCCGCAGACCCAACAACCUCUCCUUGGCCUUGCCUGUGACAGCCACCAUGCUGAACAUGUCCGUGGACAAGUGCGUGGACUUCUGCACUGGGAAGGAAUACCCGCUGGCAGCGCUGGCAGGCACCGCCUGCCACUGCGGCUUCCCCACCACACGCUUCCCCCUCCAUGAGCGGGAGGAAGAGCAGCUGUGUGCCCAGAAGUGCAGCGCCGAGGAGUUUGAGAGCUGUGGGACGCCCAGCUACUUCAUUGUGUACCAGACGCAGGUGCAAGACAAUCGCUGCAUGGACAGAAGGUUCCUCCCAGCCAAGUCCAAGCAGCUCAUUGCUUUGGCCAGCUUCCCGGGGGCCGGCAACACCUGGGCUCGCCAUCUCAUCGAACUGGCCACCGGCUUCUACACUGGCAGCUACUACUUUGACGGCUCUCUCUACAACAAAGGCUUCAAAGGUGAGCGUGACCACUGGCGUAGCGGACGGACCAUCUGCAUCAAGACCCAUGAGAGUGGCCAGAAGGAGAUCGAGGCCUUCGAUGCUGCCAUCCUCCUCAUCCGGAACCCCUAUAAGGCCCUCAUGGCGGAGUUCAAUCGCAAGUACGGCGGCCACAUCGGCUUUGCUGCCCAUGCCCACUGGAAGGGCAAAGAGUGGCCGGAGUUCGUGAGGAACUAUGCCCCAUGGUGGGCCACCCAUUCGCUAGACUGGCUGAAGUUUGGCAAGAAGGUCCUGGUAGUGCACUUUGAGGACCUGAAGCAGGACCUCUUCGUCCAGCUGGGCCGGAUGGUCCAUCUGCUGGGUGUGGCAGUCCAUGAAGACCGGCUGCUGUGUGUGGAGAGCCAGAAGGAUGGCAACUUCAAGCGCUCCGGGCUCCGGAAGCUCGAGUACAACCCCUACACAGCAGACAUGCAGCAGACCAUCUCCACCUACAUCAAGAUGGUGGACGCAGCCCUGAAAGGGAGGAACCUCACCGGUGUGCCCGAGGACUACUACCCGAGAUGA